CGGCUCCGCUUUUCUCUUUUCCCAGAUGCUCUCCCGUGCCAAGCCGGCCGUGGGGGGUACCCCGCCGCCGGGAGACAGGCGAAGAAAGAAAGGGAAGGAGGUGCCGCAGCUGGAAGAACUCCUGGCCCAGAGGGACUUUACCGGCGCGAUCGCCUUGCUGGAGUUUAAGCAGCAAGUGGGUGAGCAGGAGGAGGAUGCCAACCUUUGGAUUGGAUACUGUGCAUUUCAUUUGGGUGACUACAAGAGAGCUCUGGAGGAGUAUGAGGCCUUAACCAAACAACCAACUUGCAAUCCAGAUGUUUGGGUGAACCUUGCCUGUACGUACUUCUUUCUGGGGAUGUACACGCAAGCAGAACAAGCAGCUUUGAAAGCACCAAAGAGUGGUCUCCAGAACCGUCUGCUCUUUCACCUGGCACAUAAGUUCAGUGAUGAAAAGAAAUUGAUGAGCUCUCACCAGAAUCUGCAAGAUAUUACAGAAGAUCAGCUUAGCUUGGCAUCUAUCCACUACAUGCGGUCCCACUACCAAGAGGCGAUCGAUAUCUACAAACGCAUUCUACUUGAGAAUCGGGAAUACCUGGCUCUGAAUGUAUAUGUGGCCCUAUGCUAUUACAAACUGGAUUACUAUGAUGUAUCACAGGAAGUGCUAGCUGUUUAUCUUCAGCAAGUUCCUGACAGCACCAUUGCUCUUAACCUUAAGGCUUGUAACCAUUUCCGACUUUACAAUGGGAAGGCUGCUGAGACAGAGCUCAAGAACUUGACUGACAGUGCCUCAUCAUCUUUUGAGUUUGGCAAGGAGCUCAUUAAACACAAUCUGGUGGUUUUCCGAGGAGGAGAAGGGGCUUUGCAGGUCCUGCCUCCUUUGGUUGAUGUUAUUCCUGAGGCAAGACUGAAUCUUGUGAUUUACUAUCUCCGGCAAGAUGAUGUGCAGGAGGCUUAUAACCUGAUUAAGGACCUGGAACCUACAGCUCCACAGGAGUACAUCCUCAAAGGAGUUGUAAAUGCAGCACUUGGACAAGAAGUUGGCUCAAGAGAUCAUCUGAAAAUUGCUCAGCAGUUCUUCCAGUUGGUCGGGGAAUCAGCCAGCGAAUGUGAUACCAUUCCAGGGAGACAGUGCAUGUCCUCCUGCUUCUUUCUUCUUAGACAGUUUCCUAAUGUCCUAAUUUACCUCAACUCAAUCAAGAGUUACUUCUACAAUGAUGACACUUUUAACUUCAACUAUGCUCAAGCCAAAGCUGCAACGGGCAAUUUUAAAGAGGCUGAAGAGGUGUUCCUUUUGAUCCAGAGUGAGAAGAUAAAGAGUGAUUUUAUUUACCUUAGCUGGCUAGCUCGCUGCCAUAUUAUGAAUAAGAAACCACAGUUGGCCUGGAAGCUCUAUCUGAAGAUGGAAACCUCAGGGGACUCCUUUAACCUGUUGCAGCUCAUUGCAAAUGAUUGCUACAAAAUGGGUCAGUUUUACUAUUCAGCCAAAGCGUUUGAUGUUCUGGAGAGACUGGACAAUAAUCCUGAAUACUGGGAAGGCAAGAGAGGUGCUUGUGUGGGUGUAUUUCAAAUGAUCUUAGCUGGUCGAGAAGCAAAAGAGACUCUGCGGGAAGUACUGCAUCUUCUGAAGAGCAAUGGUAAUUCUCAAGUAGAAUAUAUUGUCCGCAUCAUGAAAAAGUGGGCCAAGGAGAACCGAGUCCCUGUUUAAGUCAGUACCACAAAAUGAACUGGGUCAGUUGCUACUGUAUGUCUGGCUGCAAGAUGUGGGUUUUGGUUUCUCCUGUGCAUUCUGACUAUCUCCUUCCUUGCAGGACUUUAGACAUUCAAGCAGGUUGACCCAGCUGAGGAAGAGUGUACUGCAGUGAGAUUGCAAAACAUUCAGCAAGUUAAUUAAAACAUUUUAUAUCUUGCACCACUCUCU